CGCGUCGACAUCUCGGGUAGCUUCAGAUCGCCUUGGUGGAGACGCAGGAGCGGAUGUGAUACUGAGAGCUUUUCACACUUUUUUUUAAAAAGGGAACAAAACUCAGCGGAGGACUUUCGGCUCUUGUAAUUUUUUUUUUUUACUUUUUUCCAGCACUGAUCAUCUUUAUUUUUUUUUUUUUAUUCUUGGUCGGCUACAGUUCUGGUUUUGGAGUGAAGAUGGGAGCCCAAUUGUCUAAGGGUGGAGCUGCCGAGGCUGAGAGCGCAGCCGCGAAAUCCAACGGCCAGGAGAACGGCCAUGUCAAAACCAACGGUGACGUCUCAGCCAAACCCGAGGGAGAGGCAGCGGUGACCGACGGAAACGGUACCGCAGAGACGGUCAAAGACACGGCGGAGGCCGACGAUGCCAUCGAGGCCGCGGACGGCGAAGGGACCAGUGCCAAGGCGGAGGAGUCCGAGGCACCCAAAGAGACCAAGAAGAAAAAGAAGUUCUCCUUGAAGAAUUCGUUCAAGUUCAAGGGUCUCUCGCUGAAAAAGAACAAGAAGCCCACCGAGGAACCAGCAGAGGUAGCGGCGGCUGCGGCGCCUGAGGAAAACGGCCAGGCCCCCACGGAAACCAAAGAGGAAGAGCCAGCUGCUGAGACCAACGAGGCAGCUGCUGAGGCAGAGGUAGAGGCAGCACCUGCUCCGGAGGCUGCCGAGGAGGAGCCUAAGGCAGAAGAGCCAGCCCCUGUAGCAGAAGCCACACCCACAGAGGAGAGCACCAAAACCGAGGAGGCUCCUGCUUCCACCCCUGCUGAGCCCGAGGCCGCACCCGAGGCCACACCUGAGGCCGUGCCUGCUGAGCCCACACCAGCCUCGGAGUAACCUACUGCGAUCGGACUGAUUUUUUUCCCCCUCAUUCCUUUCUUUUUAUUCUUUUCUUUUUAUAAUUUUUUUUUUAAAGAUUGAAAUAUAUAAAGUAUAUAUAAGAGACUUGAGCCACAUCAAUGAAAUUUCAUUCAAGUUACAAGCGGUGUCACUACAGAGAAAGACGAGCCAACAAAGAAAAAACAAGAUUCAAGCAAAGUUUCCCUCGUUCAUUUGCUCCUCUUGUGUUGUGGACAGGCGGGACUGCGGAGGAGAAACGGAUUCUCAAAAACAAAUUGGAAUAUGUUCCAGUAAAUAAAAACGUAUCAUGCAUAACGGUCUCAUAUGCCGGUGGCAGGCGAGCAAAUUGACGAAUCGUCACUGACGGUUAAAGGACAAUGUGAAGCCUCUUGAAAUAGCGUGUAUUUGUUUGUUUGUUGUUUGUUUUUUAGAUCUACGUUCCUCCAUUUUUUUUUCUCCCACCCCUGAAAAUACAUGCAAGUAUUUAGUACAGAGACUUUGGACGGGGUGGUUUAGGUUUAGACUGGUUUCUGAUGAACGAUAUGAGGGUGUGCAAAAAACCACUGCUUUUAUCAGAUUUUUUUUUUGUUUGUUCAUCUGUAUAUAAUUUGUCUUUUUUUUUUUGCUAACAUUUUCAAACGUUAAUGGUUUUAUUGUAAAAUCAAGGACAAAUAAAUGUCAACUCUCCUCUGUAA